CGGAUGCAUCGCGCGACAGACCGACGGGUAUCCCCGCUUCAUCCGCUUUCCUGGAAACUCCGCAAGGGAAAUCCCUUUUGACCGCACACCUCCAUGCAGUGACCGAGAAGAGUUUGUUAAGACGAUCAACCUUUUGAGGAGACGACCCUUUCGGCAUCUAAAAGUAAAGAAACUUCGUACGGCGAUAUCUACUGGAUCCAACGACUUCUAUUUUGAAAGGGACAAAUGACACUAAACAGGAUACUUCUGCUAUGCUUCUGUCUCCCAUUGAAUGCCCACACUAUCUCCGCUAGUUGCUCCACUAAACGGCUUGGUGGCAGUGGUGAAACGGUGACAUUUCAGUGUGACUCUAACAAUGCACCAGUUUGGAGACACAAUGGCGUUAACUUGACAGGAAACAACGAAAAGUACCAGAUGGGCACAAGAUCUAGAUCUUUGACUGUUCGUGAAAUUGUUGGCAGUGAUGAAGGGGACUAUAGUUGUGUGCAGAGUGGAGACAUUGCUGGAUGUCUUCUGGUGUAUGGUAAAGCUGAUUUUACUAGGAACGAUGACAUUAAUAAUAUGAUCAAUGUUUCGGUCGAUGGGACAGUUACGUUUGACUUGACAUUGUCAUUCUCACAAUCCGGACCCUCCAUGAACAACCAAACCAUAUCCAAAUACACUCUCAAAAGGAACGGCGAACCUAGUCACCUGUGAGAGCAUUUGCUCUUUUCAUGACGCCCGACCCACAUCAUUGGUGGACGGUUGAGGAGGGGGUGGAAACUGGGCACGUGUUUGUAUUGCAUCAAGCAAAGAGUAGUGACAGAGGAAGCUAUACAGCUGAGGUCGAAGUCAAACAUCCAAACGGAAACACUAUCAGUGUACUAACAAAGACGUUCCAUGUUACAUCUCCAAAAUGUGACAAACCGGUUCCUAGCAUUGAAAACGGGCACGUUUCAACACUUGAAUCAAAUGAGAGUGAUAUCAAUGGAGCCCAAGCAAACUACUCCUGCAAUGAUGGUUGCGAACUUGAGGGAAGCAAGUCUCUAAGAUGUCAGAUUGUUGUAACGAACCACCUCGCAACCAGUCAGUGGGUGAAUGACACUGAGCAGAAUGAGAUGCCAAGUUGCUCUUGUACACCUCCUGGUAUAACUCCUACACACACUUUCACCGUAUCUAAUAAGAUCCCACAGAUUAAAAGCACAAGUACGAGCACCUUUUUGAAUGCAGUACCAGGCCAAGUUUCUGAAGGAGAAACUACUCCACUUCUGGUAGUAGCAGUUGGUGCUACAACUGGAUUACUAUUAGCGUUCAUACUUGUCACUGCACUGAUCGUCGUCUCUGUCGUGAUUUGGUUGAGGAGAAGACGUGAAAUAAAGAGUCCUCCGGAAGAAGAGGCCUAUUAUCAGGGAGCUGAUGAUAAUGACUCUCCAGAGAAUCAAAGCGUCUCACACAUUUCACACAGUGACUAUGAUGACAAUCUCAGCAACCACGAGGACUUUAUUGAAAUCCCUGCUAGUUUCAAGAAUUCAGACCCAUUUCCUAUAUAGCUGUGUGUUUUGUAAAUGCUUAUGGCAGCGGUCAAACGCAACCAUUACCACUCACUCCAAUAUGUAUGUGUAGAAACAUGGUCACUCUUAACUCUAAAGGCGAACUACAAUUCCGAUAUUAUAUUUACAGUCGAUGUAGUAGAAUAAGGAUGACACU